AUGUUAUUCUUCAAAAGCUGCCUUCUAGGUGUUGAAGACAUUCCGGAACAAGAGAAGGAGCAUUAUACAGCUAACGACGGCAAAACAGAAUUGUCACUUCUACAUUUUGUAGCAAUGAAUCCAAACUGGCAGCCACCCCUAUCUGGGAGUGUUUUUAUUAAUUACCUUAAGACUCGAGCGGAAAAGGACGCAGCGACAGUUGUUGAUGAGGAUGGAGGCAGCAAUCCCUUGUUGGCAAGCAUCAAUUCAAUAAUAAAGCAUCCCUAUCCAAUCCCACCUCCAGAGCCUUCUACUACUGUAUCAAGUCUUACUUCUUCCACCAACCGUCGUCGCUGUCGGGGAAUAAACCAUUUGGAUGGUCCGCCUGGAGAAUCAAAUUUGCUUGGUAGAUCACUUUAUCAAAAAGGGUUACUUAGACCGCGGAUUGGAAUUCCAGCAAGUGGUGUUUCUUGCGAUGCAAAUUUAUGUGGCCCUGCAGGAGAAAUGGCAAUCAGCACAUUGUAUCUAAGGCAGCUUGUCAGCUGUAACGAAGUUGCUGAGGAAAGUGGCGGUAGUGGUGGAGAUCAAACCCCAUCUUUCAGAAGGUCAUGUAUUUGGGGAGUUCCUGCUUUAGAGAAUACCGUGGACCAGUCUGCUUAUCCUGGAAUGCUUGAGCGUCGCACAAUAAAUGCUGCUGUCCCAUCCUUUCUCUCCUCCUCUUCCCUCCUUUUAGCGUUGGGAGAAGUUUUUGGGAAUGCCAAGUAUAAGCAGUUUGUUGUGAAGUGCAGUAACAAUUCAAAACUGUUCCAACAAAAGCAGAAUAACGAGCUUACAAUACCUUCAGUACGUCUGAUGAUCUUAGUGAACAUUGUCUACAGUAAUUCUCAUGAAUCUAUAAGUAAUGAAAGACAGAAGCGCUAUAAUAAUUCCCAAACUUCAGAACUUGCUAGAGAGAAACGAAGUGAGAGGAAGGGUACAGAGAAAGGGCCCGAUGGUACAGUCCCUAAAAAAAAAGUUGUUUAUGGAACACCUGUGAGCACAAAUAAUAAUAAGCAAUUUCGUACCGUUACUCCACUUCACAACAAACUGCACUCACUUAACAUUCGAAAAAAUUUUAGUUCCAAUGAGAAUAUACGUGGUGCAGGAAAACUUUAA